GUAAAGCGAAUGUCAAUUCUUAUGUAGAAAAUCCCGUAAAAAUAACACAAUAUCCACAAACACAAACAUCUAUUUCAGUCUAUUCAGUUUAUAAUUUUGUAUAUAUAGUGCUCAUCAAAAAUAUGCUUCAUUUGUUGUUUAAACAACUUCGAAUUAACAAUCGCAAGUAAUCAAACAAUAAUGUAGAAGUAUGUUUGCUUAAGCAAAACGCGUCUGAAACAUCUUUCAACGAUUUUGCUAUAAAUACUCUGGUUUCAUCCAGACUACGUACAAUAGUCACACCAAGCACAGCUACAUAUAAUCCAAGAUGCGAUCGCAGAUAGCUAUCUUCCUCGCCAUCGCGGCUUUCGUUUCGACUGCCUGGGCAGCGUCUGGUCCUGCCGCAACUCCGCCCGCUGAUCCUGCUACUCCACCGGCCACUGAUCCUGCCACUCCUCCGGCUACUGAUCCUGCCACUCCUCCGGCCACUGAUCCUGCCACGCCCACUACUCCAACUACUCCCGCUACUCCCUCGGCAUCCGAUAGCAGCACCACCGCACCCACCACCGUGGCUCCCCCCACCAAGAAACGAAGUGGAAAGAAGAAGACCAUUGUCCACCACAAAAGUAAGGUCCGCAAGUCGGGCAGACGCCGCACGAUCCGCCACUCACGUCGAGGCAAGAACAGCGACCGCAAGAAGAGAUCCCGACGAAACUAAAGUAGAAACCCAAUCGCGAAUCCCCCAGGCAUAACAGAUUUGGCCAGACAUGUCUUGACUUUUGCUCCCGUGCUCUUCAUUUCCUAUUAUUCUUAUUUUUAUAUUACCCCCAAGAUUAAAUGACACUUUGAUAUUCUCAAAAGAAUACCUUUUUUUUAUGCCUAAAUUAUCGCAUAGUGAAAGGAAAUUUAUGCAUACUAGAUAGUUUUCGAACAUAUAUAGUAUAUUCUCGAUCUGAAUCACUAGUCGAAGCUAUACGGACAUGUCCGUCUGUCCGUCCGUCCGACUGUCCGUAUAAACGUCGAGUUAUUGUGAACUUCAACUAAUUUUGAUUGAUGGAUGAAGUUUCUAGUCAUUCCAAAGCUUGAAAUGCCCACCGCGACAAAGUGUCGCUUUUAACGGGUAUCUGAUAGUCGAGGCACUUGGCUUAAUGGUUAUUGCCUUGCCUUUUUGCUACAAACUUUAGUGUCUGUGAUGAACUUAAUUUUUUGACUUAUUCUG